GUCAACGCCCUGGACGGCUACAACCGCACGGCCCUUCACUACGCGGCGGAGAAGGACGAGACGUGCGUGGAAAUCCUGCUGGAGUACGGGGCCAACCCCAACGCGCUGGACGGCAACAAGGACACGCCGCUGCACUGGGCCGCCUUCAAGAACAACGCCGAGUGCGUGCGGGCGCUGCUGGAGAACGGGGCGGCCGUCAACGCCCGCGACUACAACAACGACACGCCGCUGAGCUGGGCGGCCAUGAAGGGCAACCUGGAGAGCGUCAGCGUCCUGCUCGACUUCGGGGCGGAGGUACGGGUGGUGAACCUGAAAGGCCAGAGCCCCAUUUCGCGCCUGGUGGCGUUACUGGUGCGGGGCUUGGGGACGGAACGGGAAGAUUCCUGCUUCGAGCUCCUCCACCGAGCGAUGGGA